AUCCAGGCGAGGUGAGAGCAGCGCACAGCGCCAGACGGACCGGAGCGGGUUAGUGUGGAUACGCAGCGGAGCGCACGACUCACGGACUGUACAGCGCAACUCCAACACAAAUGGAUAUUUACGUGGCUCUCUUCUCCUUUUUCUUUUUUACCAAACCAUCUUUGGCUUUUGGAUCAGAUCAAGACUACCAGAUUGAUAUCAUCAAUGAACUUGACCUGGAAAAUGCCACCUAUGGAAUUACCCAAGUGGCGGGGCUCCACAACAGCAGCAAAGCCUUCCUUUUCCGAGAUGUUGGGAGAGCAGUUCACGCCCCGGCACACAUCACAGAAAAAGUGGUGCAGCUGUUCAGGAGUAAAAGCGAGUUUACCUUCUUGGCCUCCAUCCAGCAGAAGUCCUCCACGUCGGGAGUCAUAUUCUCCAUCCACGAGUCAGAACACAGCUACUUUGAGCUGGAGAGCAGCGGGGUGAGAGAGGAGAUCCGCUACCACUACCGCUUCAAAGGCAAGCCACGCUCCGAGUCCUUCCCCUACCGCCUCGCCGACGGCCAGUGGCACAAGAUCGCCCUGACCAUCAGCGCCUCCCACCUACUGCUGCACGUCGACUGUAACAGGAUUUACGAGCGGGUGAUAGACCCUCCUCAGAUGGAGCUCACCCCGGGCAGUGGAGUGUGGCUGGGCCAGCACAGCCACAAGCACGGCCUGUUCAAGGGCGUUAUUCAAGACGUGAAGCUGAUUUUCGCUCCCAACGGCUACAUCACACAGUGUCCUAACCUCAACCGCACCUGUCCAACAUGCAGCGAUUUCCUGAGCCUGGUGCAAGGCAUCAUGGACCUUCAGGAACUCCUGGCCAAGAUGACUUUGAAGCUGAACUACGCCGAGUCCAGGCUGACCCAGCUGGAGGGCUGCCACUGCGAGAGAACCUGCAGCGCCAACGGCCUCGUCUACCGGGAUAAAGAGCUGUGGGUCGAGCCAGAGAACUGCAGGAACUGUGCAUGUAAGAAUGGUGUGGUGGAGUGUCGCAGGAUUUUCUGUCCCCCGGCAAACUGCUCAGAAGACUUGCUGCCGGUGCACGUCGAUGGGACCUGCUGCAAGACGUGCAGACCAAAAUGUACCUACAUGGGGCAGACGUUUUCCGAAGGACAACGCUUUUUAUCCAGAAGCUGCAGGGAAUGCAAGAAUGGCCUCAUGGUGAAAGUCUCAGAAACCUGUCCAGAGAUCAACUGCACUGUCAGCGAACAGAUCUUACCAGACGGCAGAUGCUGCAACGUUUGCAGAGGUUAUGACUUCUGCGCAGAGGGACUGAUUUGUGGAGAAAACUCUGAGUGUAAAAACAGGAAUACUAAAGCAGAGUGUGAAUGCAGGAGCGGCUAUGCCUCCAUCCACGGGGAUUCUACUUAUUGUGAAGAUAUUGAUGAGUGCGCCACGCAGAUGCACUACUGCCAGUCCAACACAGUGUGUGUCAACCUGCCCGGCAGCCAUCGCUGUGACUGUCUGCCCGGCUUCAUCAGAGUGGAUGAGUACUCUUGCACCGAGCAUGACGAAUGUGCCAGUGGCCAAAAUCUGUGUGAUGAGAACGCCAUCUGCACAAACACCAUCAGAGGACACCUGUGUACCUGCAAGCCGGGCUACGUGGGCAACGGCACCAUCUGCAGAGCCUUUUGUGAGGAGGGAUGCCGGAGUGGAGGAACCUGUGUGUCUCCGAACACCUGCGUCUGUCCUUCAGGAUUUACGGGACGCCGCUGCGAGACAGAUAUCGACGAGUGCGCCGAGGGCCUGAUUGAGUGCCACAACCACUCCCGCUGUGUCAACCUGCCCGGCUGGUACCACUGUGAAUGCAGAAGUGGUUUCCAUGACAAUGGCUCCUACCUGCUCGAUGGGAGCUCCUGCAUCGACAUCGAUGAGUGCACUUUGCAGACACACACCUGCUGGAACGACAGUGUGUGUGUUAACCUCCCGGGCGGCUACGACUGUGUUUGUACAUCUGGUCCAGGCUGCAGCGGCGACUGUCCACAGGAGGAGGGAAUCAGGCGCAAUGGAGAGGACUGGAAGCCAAGCUUUGACCGCUGUGCUAUAUGCUCCUGCAAGGACGGACAGACGUACUGCAGGAGGAGACCCUGUGACUGUGGAGACCCAGACGAGGAUUUGUUCUGCUGUCCCGGUUGUGACAACAGACCCAGCAGUCAGUGUCUGGACCAGAGCGGACGCACACUUUACCGCAGCGGAGCGUCUUGGCUGUAUGGCUGCCAGCAGUGCCGCUGCAUGGAGGGGGAGGUAGACUGCUGGCCUCUGGUUUGCCCCGUGUUGAUGUGCGAGUACACGGCGGUGGCGGAGGGCGAGUGUUGCCCGCGCUGCGUCACAGACCCCUGCCUGGCUGACAACCUGUCGUAUGACAUCCGGCAGACAUGCAAGGACCCCGCCGGCGUCGCCCGCCUCAGCGGAGACACAUGGCAUAUGCCCAAAUCACCCUGCACCACCUGCAAGUGUAAGAAUGGGAAUGUUUGCUGCUCAGUGGAUCUCGACUGCCUUCAGAACAACUAAAGCUCUCCUCUUCCUCCUCCUCCUCCUACCACCGUCGUUCUCCUCCUCUCCUUUCACUACGAGACUGCCACACCCCUCCUCCAUCUGACGACUCUCCCCCCUUGGAUUCAUAAGACAGACUCUCGCGCACACGUGUGCAUGGCAGUGUGUGCCCAGAAAAUACCAACACACACCGGACAGACUGGGGCGCUGAGGCUUUUAUGCCGUAACUCGGUCGAGCGAGCAGAGAGUGAGUGUGUGUGCGGCUCAGGAGGAGACUGAGGCCAUAUAGUCGCUCUCACCACCGUCACUGUGUCGUGUUUGUCUUUGUGUUUGACUACAUUUCACUAAAUGUCUCGAGGAAAAACCUGCUUAGUGUCUCAAAGCCCAAACCAGAGACAAACUGCUGGACAGAUGUUGAGGUGCUCCAUCUGUAUUGCCUAAACGUGGACUCACUAAUGCUUGGUCACCUGCAGCAAAAUGUCACAUAUGAGAUUUUUUGAAAUAGCUGUGGACGACAUUCUUCUUGGAUACAAAAAUUAAGUCUAUAGGGGAAAAAACGGAAGAAGAUAUCUUAGUCUGUGAACUUUAAUCUUAACUUUAAGUUAUUUUCGGCCACUGUAAGGUUUAUGACUCUGUGGCUAAACAAAGCGUAAGUGAUCCUAAAAUACUAUACAAAUCAACUGUCACAACAUGUCAUCCGGAGCUGAAUCCUGCAGCGUCUAAUAUUUUAUAACUAGCUGACAGGGCUUGACCCAUUUUAAGGGAUGCAAUGUGGCUACAAAAUGCAUCCACCUCAUUCCUAAACAACAAAAAUAUGUAAAUGCAGUCCUUCAGUAUCCCAGUAUUUCCAAAAAGGAAUUUGGGAGAGGAGAAAGGGGUAAUUUUCUCCAUGAUGACAGGCUUUUUAUCCCGCUUUUGUGUGUGGCUGCUCAGAACAAAUAUGUGCUUUUAGAUGUAAUCAGAGGACAUGUAGUACAAAGUAGUUCACUGCAAGCAUUAUCCUGACUUCAGGUCCUUACAAUGCCAAACCCUAAAUAAACUACAUCCUUCAGAGGAUCCAGGCUCUGAACUGGGACAUGUCUGUCCGUCCUUCUCGGCCAUUAACACUUCUGUUUCCAACCUUUUCCUUCAGCCUCUGUGUCGCCUCCUCUCUGAGGACGACCGCCAAGACGAUUACGUAAAACAACUACAACAGUCAUGAUAUCAUAAAGCGUGUGAAAGCAGCGUGAUGGUGCACAACAUUUUCCUGCAGGCCAGAACAAGCACCAGCCAUAGCUGUUGAUUAAAUCGGCCGAGCUCCUGCUUGGUCGGACUCUGGCAUCUCCCCGGGCCCGUCGGCUCUGCACCAUAUGGCACACAGAGAGUGGCUGAGAGACAAACAAAACAACAAGAAAAGCGUGGAUAAUUAAAGCCAUGUCACGCAGGCCUGGAUUUGAGUAUGCCAGGAGGUCACCAAGUGUUGAAUGUGUUUACAGACAGCCAGGCUUAUUAAGGGAGAAGAGUCCGGUGCUUUUCUCUGCUACGCUUCACACAUUUACAGCUCUGAUGCUGCUCUGCUCUCCUGCCCCGUCCUCUCCUCCUCCACACCUCUCUCCAUUAUCCUCAAGCUCGUCUCGAGAGCGCUGCUUUUUCCCUCCUGUGUCAUUGUUGUCGCCUUGUGUAUGCUGCCACAAGAAACCAGAUGGAACUUCUAAUGCUGUCUCAACAUUUUUUGCAAAAUGAGCAAAGACAAUGAAAAGCAAGCUAUGUGUUGCAGCCAUGACUUUAGCUUUGACCGUGAAGUGACAGCCAGAUAGUCACUUAACCUUACUGGUUAAGUGACGCGGUUGUUCUUCAAACUUUUUACUAAGCUAAUUUCUCGAGGAAUGAUAACUGGUUUCAACCGUGAAAGUCCUCUCCACUUUUUUUUGCCUCUUUUAUUUGUCUGCAGACAGUCAGCAUGGCUGCAGAUAUCGCGACUCAUUUUCUUGCCUCAGAAGAAUCCAUUUGCUGCCUCAGAAUGAAAAACAGCUUCCAGAGAUUGUGAUAAUCCUACACAGUGAAAAUGAAACUUUCACUUGGUUUUGUCAAAGUCCCCUCCCCUCCUUUUUUUAAACCUCAGCGUAGGACUUUGCAUACAAAUGAAAAAUUCGAUACAUUCAAGUUCUUGUCAGACAAAUUCCCACAAUACCGAUGAAGCCCAUCAGUGGCAAGUAGAUCAGCCUGUACUGUAGUUUUAAAUGUGGCGACAUUCCUGCAGUGGUUUACAUUAACCAGUGGUGAUUGGACUGCCAAAGAUGAAGAAGAAACCUACCGUAGCAGAUAAAGUAGGCUGCAACAACUGGGAGUAUGGUGGAGAAUAAUAAUGUAGGAAGUGUUCAGGAACAGAUUCUGAUACUUCAGAUGAAGAAGUAACUUGGCUUUCAGAAGAUUUUUAUCAAAAAAAAGAAAAGACAGCAAUCAACAACAGGAGAUACAAUGCUCUAAAUUCCCCAAAGUUAAAGGUCAUACUGGACACCAAAGUAAAAAAAAACAAACAUACCCAACUUUUACUUCAAUUGUCCUGUUCUAGACAUGUUUUCUGGAGAAAAAAGUCUCCGUCCCACUUUCUAAGACGUAUUUCAGUCGCAGUCAAAAGCAAAAUAAUCUUAUAAAGCAACAAAAUUCACCUUUUUUAAGUAUUUUUUCUACUUCAGGAUCUCUCCAAAUGGGAUAACUUUGUCCUCUUUACUAGUGUAGCCCCAUGAAAACUGAAAUCCUGAAAGUGUUCUAGUCUGCGCGAGCUAUAAUAGAAAAAUAGCUUGAUGCAUUUUAUUUGAAAUUGGAACUGGCUUUAGCUUUGACCUUGGUGUUUGGAGUUGAAAGUAAAUGUCACUGCCAUUUCCCUCCCGCUGACCUUCCUUUAUUUAAUGUCACACUGGUUCUUGUUUCUGCUCAUGUUUCUGGUCCCACACAGAAACUUAUUUCUCUACACUUUUCUGAAACAAUAGAGUUACAGUCAACCAAAGGAAAUCUUUGUUGACUUAUAUCAUACCUGAUCUUCACCCAACUGACUGUCUGUGGGUCGGAAUAAAUCUGUACAUUAUGUUUAGAUUAACAUAAUCAGCUGCAGGACACACCACCUGCUAGCCUUGUUUGCCUAAAUUAAGUAUAAAUUAUCAUUAAAAAUGAGCAUUUGCAGAAUAAUAAAUAACUCUAACCAAGGAAUUUUGCACUGAAAUAAUAACAGAAGACUUGACCAGAGUGCACCUGCACAUAUUCAUGAUUUCUAAAAACAGAACUAUAGCAACUUAUGAUCCCUGUGCAAGAAAUACCGAGGAAUAUAACGCAGCCAAGUUAGGCUAAUGCUUUAGAUAAUCUGCCAUGUUGUGAUAUGCAAAAGUGCUGUUUUUAAAGUUUAAACGUGACUUUUAAGCCACGUGUUUGAUGAAAACGCAGCCACACUGACAACUUAUUUGGUGUCACAUGCAGUUUUGACUCUAAGUACACGAAAUAAAUGUUAAAAAAUAAGUUACACCAGGGCGAGUUAAAAGAUGUGAAAAUGUGAGGUGGUUUCAAAAUGCCCCCUUUUUUCACAUCAUGGAAAAUAAUUAACACUGGAACGCUAUUGCUGUAGGAAGACAGUUGGGACAGAUGAGAGAAUAUCAACCAACCAGUCGGACGCCACAGCUCCUUAAAAUACAGUAAUAUUUCACAAACCUAUAGAAACAGUAAUGCUAGGUGACAUGCAGUGACGUGUGCUGCCACUCUGACUUCUCAGCCACGAUGUCUUUGUGUUGUCUCUGUUUGCCAUUGCAUCUUUUCGUGUCUCACCUGCACACUAACUCUGUGUAUUCUAACCCAUAGUCACAUCGCCUCUUGUAAAACUGAAAAUGUCAACUGUGCACAACGUACACACACUUGCACACGAAGAAAAACAAGUGAUGUAAAUGUAUCCGUACCCAUCGAAGUUUAACAGCAAUCUAAAGCAGACAUUUGUACAAAAAGAUCACUGAAAACGAGGUUUUCAGGUCGCUGUCGAUUGAUUUGAUAUGAAAUACGACUACUGUACAACACUACUUGCAAGUCUGUGUGUAAAUGUUUUUACAUACUGACAAUAUGAUAAAAUUAUACAGUUUUUUAAUUAUCAUUGUGUUCAUGAAUAACGUGUUAAUUUUAGUGGACUGCUUUUCUUUUUGUGGGAUAGGUUCUGUUUUACUGUAAAUACUGUGUAAAGGGAAGGGUAUUGUAAAGAGAGUAAGACUAUGUGAAUAAUUCUCACUACCACAGCUUCUUUAGGAUCUGAGCGUUGUAAGUUGAACUUGAGAGAGAAGCAACAUUUCUAUUGUUUUUACUAUUUCUUUAUUUUUCUAUUCUUGCCUUAACCCUUUUAGAGUCCGUCAUAGUUUCAUUUCUUUUCACUGUUUUAAGAUUUGAGUAGUUUGUGCGUGUAUAUACAGAUCUCUGAUCAAUGUCCCUUCACUAAAAAGCUGAUCGUCUACAGAAGCAGAUUUUGGAAAUACAGGAAAGCGUCUGUUCUGGGGAUCUUAGCCAGAGGACAAGGAGCUUGGACAAGCUAUUCACUGCAUCGCCGAGCCUUUUUAUUUCUCCCCAAAAAAAAGACAUUUCGGAAACUGAAGUACGUCUUCAUGGGAACCAGAUAAAAAUAUGUACACAUGUAAAGAAAAUCCAAGGCUGAAAAUGUUGUUCUUGAUUCAGUUUCCUGCUAAAAAAAAAAAAAAAAAAAAAAAAAAAGCAAGGCAUUGUGUUUCUCCUUUAAUGUCUGACUUUAAAAGAAAAAAAAAGUUUUGGACCUUCUUGCUCCUGCUGUGCUUGUUCAUGUUUUUAAUAGAGGACUACGGCAGAGGAAGCCCCAGGUUUUGCUGUUAUUUCUCCAGAUCAGAGCGGCCAACCUAAUUGUACUCAAAGGGUUAAGUGUCAUUUGAAGACUGUGUCGUGAUAAGAGUUUGCUGUAAAAAAAAAAAAAUCCUUCAGUUAAUAAAUAUUUUAGUUGUUUACUUUA